AUGCGCAUGUCUUCACAACAUGCCAUUGCAAGUCCAAUGCCACAGUAUAACGAGCGCACAAUGCAGCACUCCACAGACACCGCAUCCUCCCAGCUAUCCCCUCUCCUCCGCCUCCCAAUCGAGCUCCGUCGCCUAAUCUACAGCCAUGUCCUCCCCCACACCACCACCUUCGAAGUGCGUUUCCAGCACCCUCCCGACCCACCCCCAAAGUCCGAAUACAAUCUGACCUUUGUGCGGCAGAAGAACGGCGACGGGGGCUGGCGCAUGCAACGCACACUACCACGCACAGAGCGCGAGACAGGCAACGACACAGUCUGGCGGCGCGGGCACACGAGUCUCCUCGCCGUGUCGCGACACGUCCACGAAGAAGCUGCAGACAUGCUAUACGGAGACAAUACUUUUGUGAUUGACGUGACGUUCGACGCGAUCAACUUUCGGUAUCGAUGGCGCACGGCGAAUAAUCUUACGCCGAACCGGACGUAUCCGUUCUUGGAUCACUUCUCGCAGAGGAAUCUGCUGCGGAUUAGGAAUUAUGUUGUUAAUGUUGAGUCUGUGGAUGAUUACACGGGGAUGAUCAAGUAUAACUGCGGGGGCAGAGGUUUGCCGGCUGGCAUAAAGAGCAAAGUACGGGAGCUGGUUGAUCUGUUGGCUGUGGCGCCGCAGUUAUAUCGGCUGCAGGUGCAUCUUAUAGAUGGCGCGAUUAGUCGCGUGAGGUUUCCUAGUGGACGGGUACAUCGUGUGCAGGACGAGAGUAACUAUGCGCAGACACAGCUAGUGCUUGAUCCUUUUAGGGCUGUAUAUGGAGUCAGGCAGGCAGUUGUUAGUGGUGUUGAUGAUGAGUAUAAAGAAGUCUUGGAGAAGAGCAUGACUGCUGACAGGACACACUGA